CGUCAUUCAUUUUCGUAAGGAAUCCCCUUUUCAAAAGGGGUUUUCCCAAUAUGGCAGGUGCUAGAUUGAAUUCAAGUUGCCAAAUUUAGAAAGCUCGAUAUCUCUGAAUGCCACAUGAUGAAUUUUGUAUAUCUAGUAAUUAAACUGUAGUCAUGGAGACAGAUUUGCACCAAAGACCAUCUCAAACUUUAUCAGAUGACAUAGACACAGAUGUACCUCUUGGUGAAGAGGCUUAUGGAGCAGAAAUAGAAAAUAAUGGUCAUGUUGUAGAACCACCAAAGGUUCUAGUGGACCCAGGUCCUUUUCUGUACAACAGAAGAGUAUGUGUGGUAGCCUUGCCUGUUUUUCUGCUAAUGUUGUCAAUGGUUGGAGAAACACUUGUGUUGAUGAUAUGUUUUGGUCUAGCUGUAUUGUUAUGUGUAGACAACAAAGGGUUACAUCAAAGGAGUAUGGUUGUAUUUAUGUCUAUCUUUGUUCCAUGUCAUAUUCUCAUCAUUUACUCAUUCUUUCCUUUAAUCUGGGUAUCUGUACUGAAUCUCAUAUUACUAGUUCUAGUUAAUGCCUUCAUACUGAUGACUGGAGCUUGGAUUAUUUUGCAGUUCAAAGUGUUUCGAAUGAAUGAGUAUGAUGUUUGUGUGUUUUUUGAAGAGACACUAUUUGCUGUCUAUCCUGCCAUAUCAGCUGGACUGUUAUCAUGGGCUGCAUCCACUGUGGUACCAAUACAACAUAUUCCAUUCCUGUUAGCUUUUAUAGGGUUCGUAUUCCUGCAGCUGUUUAUGGCGCCUACCACUUCAUCAUUCAGAAAACCCAAGUCAGAUGAAGACAGUUGUAACAUUCUGAAGGUCUCCAGUCUGACGGCCAUAUCUGUGAUAUAUUGUACUUUACCGACCAUCCUACAGAUUAUUAUACAUGUUGUUCAUCGUAGUCAGAUGUUUCAUAUUUCAUUUGUUACUGAAGUUAUUUUUCUAUCCAUGACACAGUUAUUUUUAUUAACUUUGAUGAGCAUCAGACCAUUAGUGGAAGCUCUAGGUCAUGAUCAUAGUUUAGUAGUAAAGUUUAGAUGGUUGAGUGGAGCUUCAGCCACCAUUUUAUGUUAUCCAGUCCUGAUGCAUCUUGGAAUAUCUUCUCACUUUUUACCAUGGUUACCAGCAGCCAUUGGUACAUACUCAGUUUUUGGUGCAGUUCUAAGUUACAAGAAAACUAAGAGAAUAUCAGAUGGAGUGUUAGCAGUAGCCAUUAUCUUUUCUGUCAUAUGGGGAUCAUUGUUACCAUGGAAACUUGCAUUUAAAUUGAUAUUUGGAUUGCCGUUGCCUGCUGUUUAUGUGAUGAUGUUAACCAAUGCUGUAUUGUGCCUUCUGAUUGGUUAUGUCGGUAGUCAUGGGAGACAAGAAAUGUUUAGUAUACUUGUUUGUAUACAGACUGUUGUUUUUGUUUGCUGUGAGACUGUGUUGUAUGAUGCAGGACUAUACAGAUGGCAGUUGUUUAUAAUAACAUGUGUGAUAGCUGCAUAUACAUUUCAGAGGUUACAUUUAUCUAAGAAAUUACCGUUACGUUUAAGCUGUUUCUGCAUGUCAUUAUACCUGUCUAAAGCGACCAUUGUGUUGAUAGAACACUUUGUAUUCCAUCCUAACAAAGUACCAGUGUACAGCUACAUAACCAUCCUGUUUCUGGUGUUUAUGAUCAUUAGAAUAUAUGUUGCAGAAUUCGAUACAAAUGCUCAUUCCUUUACGAGACAUUUAGGAUUAUUAUGUGUAUCAGUUUUACUGAAUGCCAACCCAUUGAUAUAUGUAUUAUCAUCUUAUAUAUUUAUGACUGAAUCUGCCGCUAGUGAUAUUGCAGGACUAUGUAGUAUGGUGUGUGGUGUGCUCAUAAUUAUAGCACAGUCGAUACAUGUUCCAGAGGACCAAAGAAUCCGAUACACAGGUGUUUUGGGUAUAUUUCUUGGUCUGGUGUUUAUAGUUUUUAGACCUGACUUGACACCGACUCUCUACAGUGCUUUCCAAUGGAUAGAGGUAUUUAGUGUUAUUAGUUUUGUAAUUGUCAUGGUAACAGACUCAGUGACGCAAUUUCUACAGAUCAUUUUAUGUUCAGCAGUGCUUGGUCUGUGUCCUGGAUUCAGAGCAGCUAUCAUGCUAUAUCCAGAAGACAAUAUACCUGUGUCAGGUGUGCUCCUGUUUAUACUGUCAUCUUGUAUUAUAACCUGCAUCAUCCUGUGUUUCCUCAAAGCCCAGCAUCUAAAGCAUACUUUUGAAAAGAGAUUUAUAAAGAUGUCUACAAUGUUGGCUGUGGUUUCUAUAGUAGCAGUGAUCUCAGAUAUAGCAACGAGAGAAAAUCAUCAAAUGUUUCUAACAUUACCAUCAUUAAAAUUAAUUUUAUGUGCAAAUCUUGUCAUCAGCAUAUGUCUUAAGUUACUGGCACUGAGACAGAUUGGUGAACUCCUACCACUUACAGAACCAAAAGAUGAUAAAGAGGUUCCUUACUUACCAACAAUAGGCAACAUAGCUACAUUUAUAUCAUUUGUAAUGAUUUGUCUUAUGGCUCCAACAUCCAGCUUUUACCAUGAUGUUUGGUGUUGUGGAGCUACCCUUGUGUUAGUUUGUUUACAAAAAGACAUGAGAAUCUUCAGUAGUUUAAGAGAAGACAACCAAACCACUGCAACAAAAAUAACCUCUUUAGCAAUUCUUGUGACUGCAACAUUAUAUCGCAGUGACAUUUGGAAUUAUAAUUCUUCAUGGAUGUUUGCACGUGGAGUGACAGAAAUAAUUCUUGUUUUAUUCUCAAUACCAAACUGUUAUAUUUUAUGGGGUUUACUUUAUGACAAUGUUUUACUUUUAAAUGAACAGGUUGUAAUAUUUACUUUACCUUUGAACUUUCCGUUGAUUUUGUAUUCUAGUAGUUAUACAGGGUGGGCAUUAGCAGUAGCUGGCAUUGUAUCGUCAAUAUGGAUGAUGUUUGCCAAGUUUGCUCUGCAGCCAUAUCAUGACGAUGAUUGAUUGUCAAGAUCAAUCAAAACUUUUGUCGUAAUUUUGAACAAAUCUAAAGCUGAGACAAUUUCAUGAUAGUAGAUGAUAUUUGUCGGUAAUACUGUGGAUUCAUUAUUAUUCGUGGGAUACCAAUUUUCAUGGAUUUCAUGCGUAUAGGGGAACCACAAAUUUAAGUGUCCAAGGAAUGACACAUUUUCUAUAAGGUUGUAUGCAGAUUUUGGCAAAACCACAAAAUAAGAUAUACAGAAAAAUGCAAGUUUUUCUUAAUCCAAGAAAAUUGCCACCCACGAUAAUAAAUGAAUCAAUAGUAGAUAAUGGUUGUCUGUAAUACAUGCAUUUUAAGACUGAGAUAGAAUAUUUAUUGGGCUUCAAGAUCUGCACAUGUAGAAAACAUUAAAAUCAUGAUAUAACAAAAAAAUAUUUAAGUUUUCUGUACAUGUAUUUCUGUAUUGAGUUUAUUCAGGUAUACAAUGAAAUAAGUUUUAAAAUUCAAAAACACAGCAUAUAUUUUCAUAAGAAAACCAAAACUUUCAAAUCCAUGUUAUUUGGUACUAUUUUCUGUUAAUUAUCAUCAGAAAUUAUUGCAAAUAAGCUAAUGCAGAAUUUUGGCUGCUGACUCAAAAACACUAAAUUACAAAACCAAAUAGUUCUAAUUCAAAGUAUUGAAGAUUAAAAAAGAAAACAAGUUGAUGUUACCUUGCAACAAACUUUCUUACGACAGCAUUUCCAAACAUGAGGAAAGUAAUGUUAAAUUAUUUUUCGGUCACAUUUUCAAAAUGUAAAAAGGAAGCUGUAUGCUAAGUCAUUCAGCUUUGUCAUCAUAUUCAGGAUUUAUGAUUUUAAUAUUUAUAAGUUUUUUUUUCUAAAUUCUUACAUUUUGCAAUAGAAUUAUCAAUAUUGAUGCCUAUUAUGAUGAUGGUAAAAGAUGACAAUACAACAAAAUGUUUUUGUAUUUUAUGAAUGUCUGAAUGUCAUCCUUUGUUUAUUAUAGUAAUAAAGAUUAUUUUGAAGGAAUAAAUUGAUGUGUUAACUCAACUAGAAAAACUCAUCAAAGUUACCAGGCUUAUAAUUUUGUAUGCCAGAUGUGUGUUUCGUGUACAAAAAACUCAUCAGUGACGCCUGAAUCUAAAAAGAUAAGCUAAUUUAUUCACAAACAAAAUACAUUUGUACAACCAGAAGGACUUAAGGUUAAGCUUUUGGGUUAAACACUAAUAGAGAACACAUCAAUGAUAUCUGUAAAAAUAAAUUUUACUACUUAUAAUUCCUAUAUAAUGCUUGAAGAGAUUUAUAGUACUCUAAUAAUUAAUUGAUAUUUAUUGAACCAUUUUGUCUGCAUAGAAGUUUCUACAAUGUUAUGAAAUGUUUGAAUUUCCAGUCUUUUUUUAUGUUGACCAAUGAAAUGCAAGCUUGCAUUCAACAUUGGAAUUAUUAUGUUUUGAUCAUGAAAAGUUUUGCUUUAUUUUAGUUACAUAUAGUGUACCAUAUGGAAAAUGAUUGUAUGAUUGAUUGACGAGUGCUAAUGUUCAGCAGCAUGUUAUACAUGCCUUUUCAUACUGAUUUUACCCUUAUAUCAAGUGUAAUAUGAUAUUUCUCAACUCCAGACAGUUCAGUUUUCAAAUUUAGAACACAAGGCUUGCUGGGCGUUUUAAAAUUUAAAAUUUAACUGUGGAUAAAUAUCAAAUUGCAUGACUUUCAGUGGUGGAAUCUGUUUCUCUCCUGGUAUUUUAGACAAUAUGUAGACAUUCAUCAUCCUGCUUUUUCAAUGAUCCUCAAAAAGAUGGGUGCUUUUUAUGUGAUGUCAUCAGGCAUAAUUACCUUUUUGGUGAUAGCACAAUCACAAAACUAAUUUAAGAGGAAAGCAAGAACAUUUUACGACAUAAUCAAACUUUGACCAAUGAAAGAUUAAGAUCAAACUAACCACAGGUUGAAUAUAUAAAAAUAUUCAAAUUGUUGGGAAAAGUAUAAAUUGACUAUGGAUUAGAGAAAGGACAAUAACAGGUCAUAUGAAUAUAUGUUAAUUUGUAUUAAACCUACACACUUAGCCAAACAAAAAAAUAUACUAAAUACAAGUUAAUUCCAUCUUUAUCAGAAUCAUUAGAAAUGCUGAGUCUGCAUCGUGGUCAUUUGAAUGGUCAGAAAUGGUAGAGAUUCCUUAAUGUUGAAGAUCAUGUUUAAGAGAAAGAAGUCAUUAAAUCCUUCUGUGUAUUUUUAAGCAUCUAUGUGAACCAGGAUUAAAUAAUCUGUGUUACUUUAAUAGAAAUUUAAAUAUAUUUACAAAAAUGGUACUGAAACGUACCUGUGAGUUAUGUCCCUUAGCCUAGGUCUACCAUCUGAAAUUAAUUUACUUAAUUUAAUAUGAUUUUUUUGCAAGAAGAUAUUCAAUAUCAGAACAACUUACAACAAUGCUUUUUUAUUCAAUUUGGUGCGUAUAACUUAUUUAUUUUGUUUUUUAUAGGUAUUUGGUGCAUACAUAAGUGCUUCUUAAUGUUUUAUCUUGAAAAUUAUGUCUCAUUGAUGUGAUCUGUAUCACUUGAAUAAUAAAUACUCCUAUUAACAUAUUACAUUUCCCUUAGGAAAUUAGACCUAUAUUAAACUCUUGUAAAAAAAGACUUGAUUUCAAUACUAAGCCAUGCUAAUAACAUCUUUAAUCCAAAUUUGUUAGCAUCAAUUGUUUUGGGUAAAGAUUGCAUCAAAUGCAAUUAAAAGAUUUGAUAUCUAUAUCUUCCAAGGUUUAUCCUUUCCUUUGAUAGUUCAAACAAAAUAGUGCAGUGAAGUGAUAGUUCUUUAGAACCUAUCAGGUCUACAUCAUGCAAUUUAUUUAAAUGAUAUGUUACAUUUAGAUAUUCAAGUUACAAUAUGAGGUGUAUUUGUUUUACCAUACUUGUCAAGAAAACUUUUUUUUAUUUAAAAUUAAAAAAAGUAAUGCAUUAUUGUGUAUGAAUCUGUUAAAAAAUAGGUUCAACUACAAAUCAGUAGAUCAUCGAUGUGUUCUCUUCUUUUCCAUCCUGCCCAUUAUUGCUUGACAAUAUCAGAAUUAUGUUAUUCUCUUUUAAAAAGUGUGUAAUAUUUGCUACUGUGCAAAAAUAAAUAAAAUGACAUACAAUAAAUUACAAUAAAAACUUAAUCCCUUCGCAGUAUUGAAAUAAAAUAAAAUUUUAAUAUAAUCAUUAAUAGAUUUCUUUUUUCAUAUUAACUUCUGAUGUCCAACUUUCACAUUAAAUUUUAAUGUUCUAUUUCUAUAUCAAUAUUCACUAGAAAUCAUUUGUACACAUUUAUAACUGUACUAUAAAAUAAAUACUGAAAAUAAUAUAUAUUAAGUAAUAUGAUAUGCAUGUGACCAGUUAUUUAGGAGAUUAAGAUAAACAAACCCAGCAUGAUACAUGGUCUCGGGUAAUUGGCAUUGACAUGGUGCCUGAUAAGACCACAGCUACAAAGUAGCUGUAGAUACGGGCUUAUGUCUUAGACUGAAAUAUACAAUCAUUAACAAGAGAAGAUAUCUCCAACUCAAAUUGCUAAACACAAUUCAAUGUUUUAUUUAAAAUGCACGAAAUUGCAAAAUGAAAGCAAUCUUAACCCUUCAGUGCUCACAAGCAUUUUGAUUAUUUAAUAACAUAAGCAUGGAAUGGAAUGCCAAAUUAACUUAAUAUGUAGAGGCAUGCUAGAAACAUAAAAUAACAGCAUGUCUGGAUAUGAACAUGCUGACAUAAUACUCAUCAAAAUUUAAUGAAAUUUAUGUCAAAGGUUUCAAAUCAGCAAUAUCUUAAAUGAAUGAAUUUGAAAAAUCAGCAUGGAGUGACUUCUUUAAUGCAAAUUAUGCCCCUGUAAAUCAUAGUGAUCAUGAUCUGCUCUGUAAGUAUCUUGUUCCAUCAUAUAUUUUUAAAGACAAAGAAAUGCCAAAUCGAAUAUCUUUUUAAAUACUAAAAUGACAUGAUAAUUUCCUUAUCUCCUGUGCAUUAUACUUAAUAGAAAUGUGUAAUACUGUAAUUUCAGGAUUUUCUGGAUUGGAUCAGAAAAUUUGAUAGGAGUUAAGAUAAUUUAUGCAUUAUAUUCUUACUAACUGGUACCUUGUUUGUUGACAUCUUCAUAUUUCACCAAGGUUAUUCACUGUUCUAGUUUGUAUUACAUGUUGAAAAUGUGUAAAGGUUAAUAUCAAUAAAGCGUAUGAUGCCAUGA